UGAUAACCUUUCAUUAUUUGAUGAUGAUAACCCUUCACUAUUAUUUAAAGAUAGCAAUAAUUCUUUAUUAUUUGAAGAUAAUGAUAAUUUUAACACAAGCAGUUCAUUGCUUACUGAAAAUGACAAUAAUCCCAAUAUUAAGUGGGGUUUUGAAUACCAAAUUUUCUAUAAUGAUAAAGAUCCAAAUGAUUCAA